AUAAUGUUUUUUCUCUUUUUUUAUGGGGUAAAUCUAGAUAAAAAAGCAAAAAUAUAGUCGUUGAACUUGUAGACCAGUGUGCCUUUUGUUUCUGGGCAACGCAUGACAUAUCAGGUGUGCUUAGAAACACGGUGAAAGUCUAGCGUUUAAGUUUUAUGUAAGAUGUCGCAGUAAAAUUCGGUGUAGAAAUUUGUAAAUCAAAAUUUGGUUCGUAACGCACAUAAGAACACACACGCCUACACCGCCAAGCAGUUCAACAGACGUGCAAGCAGUUCAAAGGCGGUGCAGUAGCAACAAUAUCCCCGCAGCAACAUGUCGCAUCAUCAGCACGUUAUUUCGGAGUCUGCCGCUUUCCGUUUGCUAAAUGGCUUGGUGGCCACCGGCAGUGCCACGCCCCUUGCCGUUCAACCGCCUACCGCGCCACCAGCGGAAGUCAGCUGUUCGCCGGAAAUAAGUCCGCCGACUGGCCAAUUGCCCGGUGGCACACCCACCGCCUCGAUGGCCGCGUUGGAAAUAUCGUCGGCGCGCCAAAGGAUGUUGCCACCGAUAACGCGACGUAGUUCGCAGGAGAGCGUCCAUUCGGCGAACGAGAAUGGCAACUCGUGCCGCAUCUGCCGCUGGAACCGCAGCGACAUGGAGAUCAUCAAGUGCCCGUGCAGUUGCAAGGGCAGCGUGGGUUUCAUCCAUCUGAAGUGCCUAAAGCGCUGGAUUAUGCACAGGCGGGAUAAUCGCUGCGAGAUCUGCAAUGCGGUCUUCGACAUCUCGGAGGAGCGUGUUAGCCUGAAGCAGAUGAUGCGAACCUUCUGCUGCGGUCGCUGUUGCGGCCUGAUUGUGAAACACCUGCUUUUCAGUGCCUCGCUGAUGCCACUGGCCCACAUAAUUCUACAGCAGGUUCUGCAGUGCAUGGACAAUCUUAACCAAGGCAGUACCGAGCAGCUCACCGUCCAGGAGGUUUUUGUCGCCUCCUGCGCCCUGCUCACCUCCAGCGCCCUAUUCUUUCACUUCUUCGAGUUCGUGACCACCCGCUGUCUGCUCAUCCGGAACAUCCUGCGCCACUGGUGGAUGUUCGGCAGCACCUCCGACUUUGCCCUGGUGGAGAUCGAGGACGACUCCGUCGAUCUUUUUUGAUGAGGAGAGGAUAAUGGGCCAUGACAGCCGACGAUGAAGAAAGAUGAAGGACGGCAAAGGCCGUAGUUCAUGUGCUUGUAUUUUCCCACCGACCAUGAACAUCUUAGAUGAUUUCACCAAGAUCCAGUAAUAACAGAUUUCAAUAUUCAAUAAAGUAAAUUCCCAAACUUCA